ACUUCAUAUCACAAACUAGCACAAAAAGGAACACAUCACAGAGAAGUAACAGUAUGAUGAAAUACGAAAAGACUGUAGUAGAUCUGGAGGCCGGUGUAGCUGAUGUUUAUCAGCCAACUGUGGCAUCCAUACCGGUGAAAUCGUCCAGCAGUUGGAUUUUGAAGGCAGUCGCUGCAAUCAUCUUCAUCGGCCUCUGUGCCACAGCUUCUGUCUUCUUUGCCUGGCAUAUGAUGAAACAGAACAAAAGGGAAAUUCAAAUCUACGAGUCUGGCCUGCAGACCAGCACACCAUCAGAGCAUGGAACAGUCCUGAAGCAAAUAGCCGAGAACACAAAGGCUGCCAUUCAUUUACAUGGUGAUUUAAAUUCAGGUUCACUGAAGUGGGUCAGCGGUGUGGAUCAGUCCUUUGCGCAGGGUGGCCUUGAGCUGGUAGAUGACAACAUUCACAUUCCCGCAGAUGGCCUUUACUUUGUGUACAGCCAAGUGUCAUACGCUGUAGAGUGCAACUUUGACGAAGACGACGAUGAUGAGGGACCUCAGAAGUACUUAAGCCACAGUAUUAUGCGUUUCUCAAAUGCCAUAGGGAAAGAUUGGAUGCCCCUGCAGAACUCAAUUCAAACCGUCUGUCAUUCAGCAUAUAGCGAGAAGACCACGUACAGCACUGUCUACCUUGGUGCUGUCUUUAGUCUUUUGGAGGGUGAUAAGCUGAAAACCAAAACCACCAGUGUAUCUGACAUUGAGGAAAAUUAUGCCAAAACAUUUUUUGGAGUGUUUGCAUUGUAAGGUUUAUGAUCCUUUUCUAUACAACUUAGUUGCAUGACCUGUUUUACAAACAGGGAUGCCACCAGCAAAAAGGCAAGGCGUUUUAUGUUAAAACUUUGAAAGUAUGUUCUCAGGGCGUUGUUUAGAAGUACUUUGACUUAUGCUGAGAGUCCUUAUUGCAUUUGAAUGUAAUGUUUUGGUUCUAAAAAAGAAUAGAUGUAAUGAGAGCCAUGCACUGAGUACUAUGUACCUAGUCAUGAGUAUACCAAGGGCACUACAACUUUCAUGUUUAUUAAAUACUUUCAUAUUUCGUUGUAGAAAUAGUGAGGAAUGUGAAUGUUCAAAAGAACUAUGUUUUUGCAGCACAAAUAUAUUUAUUUAUAACUUAUAUUAACGUAUUUAAUGUAUUUUAUUGUAUCAUUUGAUUAUUUAUUAACGAGUAUGUAUGCUAUAAUUUCUUGAAUGAACUGUACUUUAUGUCUGGAAGUGCUUUUAUACACUCCUCUCAGAUUCUGACACUUUUACAGUG